AUGGCGAAAACAGAGAAGAGAGUCCGAGAGAGAAUCGGCUCUUCUUCGUAUUUUCUAGGCUGUUUCGGCUUUUCCCGGGAAAUAUACUCCGAUAAGCCGAUGAUUACUGCGAAAGACGGUGGCGAGAAAAAGAUGAAGAGGAAGAAGAAACGAUCACUAAAUCGGUGGCUUUCGUGUUCGAAGUUUCGCCUGAAGAACCGCGAGAUCAAACCGGCACCGAUCGAGGAAUCAGAGAAACUAACUUCAAGUGUUGAAGAUGAGACUGAUAAGCACAAACCCGUCCCGGUGAUACGUCGUUUGACUGAUCGUAAGAAUAUUCCGGUUGAUGAUAAAGCCAUGAAUCAGGAAACUAAAGAGACAAAACCAAAGGACUUACGAGAUAUAACCACCGACCGAUCAAAACCCGUGGAACCGUUAGGUUUAUCUAAAGAAGACACGUGUCCUGAACGAACAUCCAACUCAUCAACCCGUUAUGGAAAACCCGAAAUGAAACCGUCUCGGGCGAAAAACUGGUCACGGGUCGAAAAGUUUGACCCGGUAAUUGGGAUAUCGAUCAUUGUAUUGACGCUCGUGAUUAUGUUAGUUUGGGGUCGACUAUGUGCGAUUCUGUGUACAUCUGCUUGGUGUUACUUUCUACCACGUCUCAGAGAGGCAGCCGCGUUGGCGAAACGCAGACGCAGCGGUAGCGAUGGUUCAGCGUUUGUCCGGGAUUUGAAAUCAGAGUCGUACAAAAGAAAAGUCGUCUUGGAUGGGUUUCUUGGACGGCAAAAUCGCGUUUCGUUGUUGUGA